UCCAGCGGAGUGAACAAAAAUCGUUGAAAAUCUUUCUUCAGGCAGAUGAUAUUCGUCUGAACGACCAACGACGACGAAACGAAAGACGACGCGAUGACUGCGACGGUGACGGCUACGAAGACAACGACGACGACGUAACAAAAGAAAACAAAGGGCACGUUAUACAUAAAAACAUUCGGAAACAUAUCGACUGCGGAUCAGGGUUUCCUCCGCCGCAUCGGGUUGGCUGUCGAAGUGUCGAUGUCGGGGACCUUAUGUACACACACUUACGCCGCGGAGGCUGUUCCCUGCUUUCCACCCCUGUUUAUGAAUAUGAACCUAGUGCGACACACGACACAAAAUUUAAAGGAAACAACGCACUACACGUUCAUGUCCCGCGAAACAUUGAUGUCGUGAACGCUGCGCUGUCAUUGUCGCUGGAUUCAUUCUAAACCGUUAACGAAUCGAUAAAAUAUAAUAUUUGUAUCGUCUGAUCCUUGUCGCCCGGCGGCGGUUAUUUUUCCUUGUUUAUUUUUCGUUCAAUUUUAUUAAAUUGUGAAUGUUUAAUAAAUAUAUUUGUGUAAAUAUCUAACUGAUAUCGGUAAUUUAUUGAUAAUUGCAAGUGCUAUAAUUAUAAUAAACACUUCCAUAAAUGUGACAAGUAAAAGAGUUUCCAUUUUACAUAAUAUAUUAAAAACCUAAUUGGAGAUUCAAUAAGAAGUUCUUGAAGAAUUCAAAUAAGGAUAAGACCUAAUCAAAAAGUUCCAACUAAGAAGGUCUUGCGAAAACGUGUGCAAUGAAGGAGAAAAGUAAAAACGCUGCAAGGACCCGACGUGAAAAGGAAAAUGCCGAAUUCUUCGAAUUGGCCAAAUUACUUCCAUUGCCAAGUGCAAUCACAUCGCAAUUGGACAAGGCGUCCAUCAUAAGAUUAACAACAUCCUACCUUAAAAUGCGACAAGUUUUUCCGGAUGGACUCGGAGAAGCUUGGGGUUCUUCACAGCCAAUGCAGAGAGGAGCAGCUAUAAAAGAACUUGGCUCACAUCUACUUCAGACUUUAGAUGGUUUUAUAUUUGUAGUGGCACCUGAUGGAAAAAUUAUGUACAUAUCUGAGACAGCGUCGGUGCACUUGGGAUUAAGUCAGGUUGAAUUAACCGGAAAUUCAAUAUACGAAUAUAUUCAUAAUUUCGAUCAAGAUGAAAUGAAUGCGAUAUUAUCCCUUCGACCUGAUAUGUACCAAAAUCCAGAUGUUUUUAUAAAUUCACUAAAUUUACCAACCAAUACUCCAAAUCCUUACGUUUCUGGUGGACAAGGUGAACGAGGUUCUUAUACAAUUGAAAUAGAAAAAACAUUUUUCCUACGAAUGAAAUGUGUUUUAGCUAAGAGAAAUGCUGGACUGACAUCUUCUGGAUUUAAGGUAAUACACUGUUCUGGAUACCUGAAAGCGAGAAUAUUUCCUGACUAUGGAGAUGGUCAAAGGUGUAUACAAAAUUUAGGAUUAGUUGCUGUUGGUCAUUCACUGCCAUCAUCAGCGAUAACCGAAAUUAAAUUACAUCAAAAUAUGUUUAUGUUCCGAGCCAGUAUGGACUUGAAGUUGAUUUUCUUGGAUGCAAGAGUAUCUCAACUAACAGGAUACGAGCCCCAGGAUUUAAUAGAAAAAACUCUUUAUCAAUAUAUUCAUGUUGCCGAUGCCUUGCCUAUGAGAUGUUCUCAUCAAAUACUGAUGUUUAAAGGACAAGUUACCACCAAAUAUUACCGAUUCCUUACAAAAGGAGGAGGGUGGGUUUGGGUGCAAUCGUACGCCACUGUUGUGCACAACACUCGCUCAUCUCGGCCGCACUGUAUUGUGAGUGUGAAUUACGUACUUAGUGAGCUGGAAGCGAAGGAGUUCGUUUUGAAUGAGAUUCAAGGAGCUGUUAAAAGUGAACCACUUACCCCGGUGAUUUCGUCACAUGUGGUCCAUUCGACGACACCGGCAACAGUGGGGACUCCUACCGCCAUCACUCCCACUGUUACCUCAAAGGUCGAACAAUGCUUCCAGUCCCGACUGUCACAAGGAAGUUUCGACUAUGCCCAGGUCUACCCUACACCUGUGCACGAUGUCACAUCCAGCAUAAACCAAAGUAUUCAAUUCGCCGACACCACUAGUAGCAAUAGCAACUACUACAACAAUCAUUACUACUACGACUCCGUUGACGCCAAUAUUAUCCGACCGUUUUCGGCGAAUUCGAGCAGUUGUAGCAGCAGUUCCGAGAGUGAACGUCAAAUGUCAACCGGAAAUGCAUCCAUUAUCAACGAUACAUCCCCGCACACCACCUACAGUGAUCUAAGCCACAACUUCGAGCUCAACUACUUCUCGGACAACAGUUCAAAUCCCCACCACAACCAUCAUCAUCAUCAUCACCACCAGCAUCCACAUUCGCAGCAAAGUAAUCAUCACAAUGGCGACUUACAGUCCAAUCAUCACAAUCACGCCCCACAUCACUCCCAACAGCAUCAUCCUGUCGAAAGUACGUUUAGUGAUACCUUUAAAAAUGUCAAUGUCAACCCGCCACAAUACACAAGCGUGAUCGUAGAACCGCAACAUUUUAUAGCUAAUGAGUUUGUUCACUAGGAUUUUAUAGGAAGUUAUAGGAUAAGGCUUAAAGCAAAGCAGGGAUUCGUCUAAUCAAAAAAUCAAAUCCACAAGACGCUAAUAUCGUUUUUUUUAAUUUUUUGUAACAGAAGACCGAAAUUACUUAAGUUAAUUUCUUUUGGUUUCUCGUUACAUCGAUUUAUUUCUAGAUACAUACACAUAUACAUAUGCACACAUACAUAUAUGAACAAAUUGUAAACUAACACAUUUAAUUAUAAGUAUUUAUAAUUAUAAUUUAGUAGUUUUAACCUCAUACGCACGUUGUCAUUUAUAUUAUUAUUAAUAAUAUAAAAUAAAAUAUACUUUAAGAAUAAAAUUGUUAAAACAA